UCCGUGCCGAGAUAAGUUCACGGCGUACCACGUGAACCGGAAGUGCGUGAUCUGAUUACAACGGUCGAAGUUUGGAUUCGCUACAUUUCUCCACUUUUCCCUUUGUCUUGAUAUCUACGCUGUGCCGUCGGCGAUGUGCGUUCGGUCCCGCUGACGGUUGAAUCGACACGAUUAGUAUCAAGAUGACCAAAGAGAAGCGACACAGGAGAAGGGAGUCGCCGGAGCGGGAGUCCAAAGUUAAGAUAAAGCAGGAGAAAGUGAGCCCUGUUAGGCCACAGAGGUCGCGCCGCUCCGGGUCGCCAUCCAGCGGCACCUCGAGUCCCCAGAGGAGAAGGGCCAUCAGGUCCCCAGCCAGGACGAGGGACCGCUCACCGGGCAGGAGGGACCCGUCUCCCGCCAGACGAGGCAGCAGAUCUCCCAGAAACAGGAGGAGUCGCAGUCCCCAUCGCGGCGCUGAUGUCACAGUAAAGCGGGAGCGGGAUGAGCACCGGGCUGGUGCCGACGAGCGGAGGAGAAGAAACGACCAGCCGGAGGAGGGGCCGAGCAGGUGGGAAUCUGACAGGCCGCGGGAGCAAGACCGCGGCAGAGACCGACACAGGGAGCGCGGUGUGUUCGCCUCCCAACAAGCUGAGCGGCAGCAGCACAAUGAGCGACGCAGGGAGAACCACCAGCGGCGCGCGGAAAACCAGGAGGACGACUUUGGACAGUCUGAAGGCGGGAGUGACGACCCAAACGCUCCCCCCGCUGAGAAGGAGAAGCCCAACUUCGAACUGUCGGGAGCGCUCACAGAAGAUACCAACACAUUCCGAGGGGAGGUGAUCAAGUACAACGAGCCUCCCGAGGCUCGCAUUCCCAAGCGCAGAUGGCGACUGUACCCCUUCAAGAAUGACGAGCCCCUUCCAGUCAUGUACAUUCACAGACAGAGUGCCUAUUUGUUGGGGCGGCAGAGAAAAAUCGCUGAUAUCCCCAUCGACCAUCCGUCUUGCUCCAAGCAACAUGCGAUCUUCCAGUAUAGACUGGUGCCAUUUACCCGUGCAGACGGCACCAGUGGACGCAGGGUCCGGCCUUACAUCAUCGACCUGGGCUCUGGCAAUGGCACCUACCUGAACAACCAGCGCAUCGAUGCCCAGCGCUAUUAUGAGCUCAAAGAAAAAGACGUCCUUAAGUUUGGCUUCAGCAGCCGCGAGUACGUCCUCCUGCACGAGUUCUCUGACACAAGCGAGGUGGACGCCAAGCAAGAGGGGGAGGAUGAGGAAGACGAGGGGCUCGAUGAGUAAUCCACCCCCAUUAUGUAUCGCCCAGGUUCAUUCAAGUUAGAUAUCAUCAUGAUCAACAUUCAACAAAGAGGUGUUUAAUCUGCAGGGAAUGGAACGAUGUAUUGAACUGGCAAAUGUAGGACUUUGUUUUAAAAUAAUGGAACAAGGCUGGUUUGUGUAUUCUGUAAUUACCAAACUAUCGUUUAAACCUGCCACAACUGUCUCAGAGAAGACUUCUAUUCUCAGGUUGUUUGUGCAAUGUGUGUGUGUGACGCAUGACUGAUCUCUCACCUGACAGUGCUCACGGUAAAAUAAAAGUGCUCGGUGCCAGAUAAAGACAAUAUCUAUAUACAAUACUUAAUUUUAUAUUUUUGGAUCACCACACUCCGUACAAAGUAUACCUGAAGACCGACGUCCAGGCUGUAUAUGUCAUUGUACACGACGGGGUGGAAUGUAAACGUUAGAUUCAUGUUUAAUAAGCACUGGUUAUUGUCAGUGAACUUACAUACUCAACUUUAUAAUGAUAAUGCCUUUGUUUCGCUUUGCAGUGCAGGGAAAAUAGUUGUGUGUAUUUAAAAGAAGCCCCUUUUAUUUUUGUCUGUUGUGAGGCCCAUAGCAUUCAUAGUAAAUUUUCAUUUUUGUACUGUAAAUAAAGAAGAAAAUUACAAUUC